GGUAACGAGAGGAGGCAGGCAGACGGAUCAGGGACCAUCCGAGCUUGGCGUGCGUGCGGUAGACAGCGGGGGAAAGAGAGAGAGAGAGAGGGGAAGCCGUAGCCUACGAGAAGUGACGUGACGUCACUGGCUUUCCUGAAAGUCAACAACAAGCCAAGCGACAGAGGCUCAACGGCGGUUCCGGGGAAACGGUGAAGCUGCAGCCGCCUUUGCUGACCCACAACAUACUGGCCACUGGGUUCUGUCUGGCCGCAGACGCGCAGAGACAACUGUGACUCAACAGAGAAAAGGCUGAGUCACCAGCGAAGAGUGGGAAGGUCUGCUGAACAGAAAAGAAGGAGAGAAGACGGAGAGAGAGAGAGAGAGAGAGAGCACGCUCAACGGAGAGAGCAAGAGAACAACGUAAAAGGAAAGACAGAGAGAGCAACAGAGAGAGAGCGAGAGACAGAGAGCAACGGAGAGUGAAGAAACCAGAGGGGAGGGAGGAAGAGUGAAAAAGUGAGCCGGCUUGAGAGACUGAGAAAGAGAGAGAGACUGAGAGAAACAGGGAGAGAGGAAGAGAGGAAGAACGAGGAAGAAGAGGGAGAUUGUGGAAGCCAAACAGAGGGAGACGACCACAAGAGCAGAGGAGAGGAGAGGAGACGGAACGCCACCCCCUAAACCCAGCUGAGCCUCAACCGACCCAGAGAGAGAGAGGAAGAGAAACGACAAGAAGAGAGAAACAAACGGCAAGAAGAGAGAGACACAGAGAGAGAGAGAGAGAGAGAGCCAGCAGGGGAGGGAGGGGAGCCCACGCUCUCUACUCUACACGCCGCCGAGGCUGGGAGGUCUAACCGACCCCCUCUCCUCCUCCUCCUCCUCCUCCUCCUCCUCCUCCUUCUCUUCCUUCUCUCCCCCUCUCCUCUCCUCUCCUCCUCACAUCCUCUCCUCCUCCCCACACUCUCCUUCACCGCUGCCUGACUGCCUGCCCCCUCAACUCCCUCCUUCGCUCUCUCCCUCUCUCUCUCUCUCUUGCUCUCGUUCUCCCGCUCCCUCCCGCACUCUCCCUCUCUCCCUCUCUCCCUCCCUCCCUCCCUCCGCUCGGUGUGUGUGAGAGUGUGUGAGCCGGGGAGAGCGUCUGUAGCGGCGGCGCGGCGGCGACAGCAGCACGGCAGGCACAGGCACAGCUCAGCGUGGCGAGACACCAUGAGCGAUGUUACUAUCGUCAGAGAAGGCUGGCUGCAGAAGAGAGGUGAGUACAUAAAGAACUGGAGGCCGCGCUACUUCCUGCUAAAGACGGACGGCUCUUUCAUUGGCUACAAGGAGAAGCCUCAGGACGCAGAUCUGCCCUACCCACUCAACAACUUCUCUGUUGCAAAAUGUCAGCUGAUGAACACAGAGCGACCAAAGCCCAACACCUUCAUCAUCAGAUGCCUACAGUGGACCACGGUCAUCGAGAGGACGUUCCACGUGGACACGCCAGAGGAGAGAGAUGAGUGGACGGAGGCCAUUCAGAUGGUGGCCGACAAACUGCAGCGGCAGGAGGAGGAGCGGAUCCAGUGCAGCCCCACCUCCCAGAUAGACAGCAUAGGAGAGGAGGAGAUGGACACCACCACCAGCCACUACAAACGCAAGACCAUGAAUGACUUUGACUACUUGAAGCUGCUGGGCAAAGGCACUUUCGGCAAGGUGAUCCUGGUGCGGGAGAAGGCCAGUGGCAAGUACUACGCCAUGAAGAUACUCAAGAAGGAAGUCAUUAUCGCAAAGGAUGAAGUCGCUCACACACUGACGGAGAGCAGAGUACUGAAAAACACCAGACACCCUUUCCUCACCUCUUUAAAAUACUCCUUCCAAACUAAAGACCGGCUCUGUUUCGUCAUGGAGUACGUCAAUGGAGGAGAGCUGUUUUUCCAUUUGUCGAGAGAGCGGGUGUUCUCAGAGGAGCGAACGCGCUUCUACGGCGCGGAGAUCGUCUCGGCCCUCGACUACCUGCACUCCGCCAAGAUUGUCUACCGGGACCUCAAGCUGGAGAACCUGAUGCUGGAUAAGGAUGGCCACAUUAAGAUUACAGACUUCGGCCUGUGUAAGGAGGGCAUCACUGAGGCAGCCACCAUGAAGACCUUCUGUGGAACACCAGAGUACCUCGCCCCUGAGGUCCUGGAGGAUAAUGACUACGGCCGUGCGGUGGACUGGUGGGGCCUGGGCGUGGUGAUGUACGAGAUGAUGUGCGGCCGGCUGCCCUUCUACAACCAGGACCACGAGAAGCUGUUCGAGCUCAUCCUCAUGGAGGAGAUCAAGUUCCCGCGCACCCUGUCCUCCGACGCCAAGUCCCUGCUCUCCGGACUGCUCAUCAAGGACCCCAACAAGAGACUUGGAGGUGGGCCAGAUGACGCUAAAGAAAUCAUGCGGCACAGCUUCUUCACAGGCGUGGACUGGCAAGACGUGUACGAUAAGAAGCUGAUCCCUCCCUUCAAGCCUCAGGUAUCUUCUGAGACGGAUACCAGGUACUUUGACGAGGAGUUUACGGCUCAGACCAUUACAAUAACUCCCCCGGAGAAAUUCGAUGAAGACGGCAUGGAUUGUAUGGACAACGAGCGAAGACCACAUUUCCCACAAUUCUCCUACUCGGCCAGUGGGCGGGAGUGAGCUACGGGUGGUGGAGCAUCACGCCGUGUUUUUCCCCUCAUGUAUGGUUACCAUGGUUACCAACUGGACCAUCAGCUUCUGACCAACCUCUCUGUAUCUCUCAACUGGAGAGACCCCUUCCCACCCGACUCCUCCACACACACACACACACACACACACACACACACACACACACACACACACACACACACACACACACACACACACACACACACACACACACACACACACACACACACACACACACACUCUUCCCCCUCGUUUAUACUGCUACUGGUUGCACUGAUGGGACAGGCAAACUAUGGUGUACUCUAGUUUUGUGUUGCUGUUUUCUUUUUUGGGGGUUGUUUUUGUUUUGUUUUCUCCCGUUUUAGUGUGCAACAUAGUGUGUUUUGUUGUUUUAUACACUGAAUUUCUUUGGUUUGUUAAUUUAUUCGAUUUUAUUUUCGAUUUACUUUCUGUUUGUUUGGUGAGUUUUGCAAUUUCUCUCACCGUUAUAGUGUAGACAGCCAGUGCGAAACGGCUGUUCGCUCCCCCCCCCCUCCACGUCGCUGUAAUGGAAACUGAACAAAAACAGAACUGCCUUAUGCACUUCGUCUCUCUCGGUCAUGGAAAGGUGAGAGGCACCUGGCUUCAGAUUCACAGGAGGUGUUUUUGUUUGAUCAAGGGCAGAAUUUAGUCUUUCCUGGUCAGAUUAAAACAUUGUAGAGUCCCAACCGGUCCCACCUGGUCCCUCUAGAUCCAGCCCAGAGAAACUGUAAAAUUGGUGGGGGCGGUGGAAAGAAUCCUGGGUGGGGCAGGCGGGGAGUCUGGUCCGAAGUCUCAAAGCGAGUCUCUUCCGAUACAGUAUAUUGGUUGGAGCUCAGUCAGUGCCCUGUCAGAUCUUUAAAUUUAGCUGUAGUUGGUUAGCUUCGUAGCGUAGCGUAGUGUAGUCUUAGAGAUUUUUUUAGAAACUGCCAGAUAUAUGAAAAAUAAAUAAAUAAA